AUGUAUUCAGAUACGGGCUCCAUUAUGGAACGAGCCACGGCCACAGCGACCGCUGCAGCUGCCGGAGCCACGGGCGAGGUGGAUAUCGACUACUGGCGUGAUAAGACCCCCAGCACCACUGCCGCGAUAGCUUUCGCCGCCCUCUUUGGUAUUGGUGCAAUUGCCCAUACCUACCAAUUGUUCCGCUACCGCGCCUGGUACUUUGGCGUCUUCCUCACGGGAGCCUACAUGAUGUGUGUCGGCUACAUCUUCCGCCUCAUCUCCAUCAACAACUCUACAAACCUCGGCCCCUACGUUGUCCAACUCCUCUUCAUCCUGCUCCCGCCCUCCCUCUACGCCGCCACCAUCUACAUGAUCUACGGGCGCAUCGUUCUCCUCGUCAACGCCGCCCACCUCUCCCUCAUCCGCCCCACCUGGGUCACCAAAGUCUUCGUCUUGAGCGACUUUUUCGCCUUCGUGAUCCAAGCCGGCGGUGGCGCCCUCCUCACGGUCGACGGCAAGGAGGAGGUGGGCAAGAACAUCCUCCUCGUCGGCCUCUACGUGCAGCUCGCAUCCUUCGCAUUCUUCCUCGUCAUCUCGUCGAUCUUCUAUUUCCGUGUCACAAAGGCAGGCGUGGAUGCGCAGAAGUAUGGCAGGUAUCACUGGACGACGAUGUUGAAGGUGUUGUACUUUGCGGCGGCGUUCAUCAUCAUGAGAUGCGUGUUUAGGCUCAUUGAGUAUUCGGCGGAUAGAACUUCAUCCAUCCAGAAGAAUGAGGUGUGGGCGUAUUGUUUGGAUGCGGUGCCGAUGUUGAUGGUGCAGUGUGUGUUUAAUGUUGUGCAUGGCGGAAUGGUGCUCCCGAAGGCGGGCGUCAGGAAUAAGGAGAGAGCUUCGGUUGCGGGGGAGAGUCAGUAUGAGCUGUCGAACCCCGAGUCGCCGGUGUAG